GUGGGAGUUCCUCAGGCCAGUGCCAGUCCCUUCAAAUGCUUCAUCAAAGACCUUCCUUUCCUCCUGAGGUGAAGUCAGUUAUGCCCACUUUCUAUCGUAACUUGGAUGGAACAUAAUGUAAAACAUUUCCCAUAGUAACAGGAAGGAACGUAAUAUACUCAGAACGGGGUGAGAACCAAGACAAAUGCUAUUCGCCCUUUAAUGUUACCAACGAGCAACGUCACGAUAUUUUUCAAAGCGCUGUAUUCCCUGAAAGAAAUGCACAAUAAAGCAAAGUAUGUGACUGCAACAGUGCGGGGCAAAGGGGAUAACGAGCAGUGAGUCGAUUUCCGGCUGUUCGGACAAAGUUCGGCGUUCUGAAUCAAACGUGGCAGCCGAACUUCUCCACCGUUAUACGUGGGGCAUGUGUGGACGAAUAACUCGAAUCGGAGCCAUACGUGACAGGAUUUAGCAAGAGCAGAGGAAAGUACAAGUUGUUUUAAAUAAAAAGGAAGCUCGGAACGUUGCUUGCAAAUAAAACCGCAGAACCCAGGCGAAGGAAUGCGAGUGUGAGCAGAAACUGAGAAGAAUUGCAACGGGCGGACGGAGUAGGAUUUUUUUUCAAAGUGCGACGGGGAUUUGGAAAAGCGGAUUGUAGGGAGCGAGCGGAGUGAGCCCCGAGGGGGUUACAGAUCCAAAGGAAGGACUGCAGGAGGCGGCGAGGAGUUGCAGCAGAGUUUUGCUCGGUGCCGUUCCCGGGAUAAUGUGCCAGUGCUAUCGCGCGCCCGGUGCUGGGGCGCGGCCCGGCCGCCGUUGCCAGGCAGCCUGAGCCGGGGUCGCCGUUGCCAGGCAGCCUGAGCCGGGGUCGCCGUUGCCAGGCAGCCUGAGCCGGGGUCGCCGUUGCCAGGCAGCCUGAGACGGGCCGGGGCCGCCAUGGACCAGUCGGGAGUUGUGCAGGCGACACUGGAGCCCGAACAUGAAUGUCGGGCUGCGGUGCAAGGUACUGUGUUAGUUGGAGAAUCAAAUGAAAGCCGUAUUAUAGGACUGGUGGAAUGCAGCAAUGAAUUUGCAAUUUUUAUGUACACUCACAGAAGAAUGGCAAUCAUUGCUGACGAUGUUUCAUUGGAAAAAAUAGUCCCCAUAUCAGAAGACUUUAUUAUCGAAGAAGUGAUUCAGAACAUGCAUACUAUUGGUUCUGACACGACUGUUAAAAUAACAUCAAAUGAUGUUGAUCAAGUGCUUGAGCUGCCAUUUGGUUCACAGAGUAGGAUUUUCCUACAGGAAUUACACAAGGCAUGUGGAGAAGUACACAAACAAGCUGCCCCUGGAGGAUUCUCGCUUCAAUUUCAGUGGCUGGCAAAGUACCAACAAAAGAAAAAUUCACAGCUGCACAGAUGCCAGGGGGAAGAAUAUCCAAAUGAUACCGCAUCCUCACUCUCUUGCGCAGAAGAGGAAAUGGCCAGCAAAAUAGGCGGUGAUUCUGAUCUUCUGGCUUCACAACUUGAUGAUCAAGAGCAGGUCUGCCAGAAAGAAAGUGAUGAUGAUGUUGAAUCUACCCCAGAAAAACAGCCCAAUGACCUAGAAGAAUUUUCUGAGGCCUCCACCAGUACCGUUUCUCAAUCUCCUGCCAUGGGUCCUGAAAUGACCAAUGACGUUGUCCGCGACAAGAAUGUGAUGGUUAAGAACACGGGGCAUAUCCUUGGCAUACCGCAGUUUGGUCUGAGGGACAACUUAAUCAAAGUUGAGUUGCUGAAACAAGAAGGAAAAUACACCUACAUACAUAAUUACAGAAUAUUUGCAGGAACAUACAACGUGAACGGCAAGUCCCCACUGCAGGACCUGAAGCCUUGGUUGAGUUAUGAUAUUGAACCACCUGAUGUCUACUGUAUUGGUUUUCAAGAAAUUGACCUGAGCAAAGAAGCAUUCCUUUUCAACGACUCACCGAAACAAGAGGAGUGGUUCCGAGCUGUGUCUGUGAGUCUUCAUCCUACAACCAAAUAUGCAAAGAUCAAGCUUGUCCGUCUGGUUGGAAUGAUGCUCAUAUUGUAUGUGCGACAAGAACUUGCAGAAUACGUCACAGAAGUGGAAGUCGAAACAGUAGGAACUGGCAUCAUGGGAAGAAUGGGUAACAAGGGUGGAGUGAGUAUAAGAUUUAUGUUUCAUAGUACCUCCAUGUGUAUCGUGAGCUCUCACCUGGCAGCACACACUGAGGAGUGUGAAAGACGGAACCAGGACUACAAAGAGAUCUGCACUCGAAUGCGCUUCCUCCAAACCAACCUGCCAUUAUCAUCCCUCACGAUCAUGAAGCACGACAUUGUACUAUGGGUUGGAGAUCUGAACUACAGGAUAUGUCACCCCGAAGCAGAAACAAUUAAGAAGUUAAUAGCAGCGAAGGAUUACCAAAACCUCAUCAAGUAUGAUCAGCUAAGCAAGCACAAGAAGAGUAUGAUGAUAUUCCGUGGAUUCGAAGAAGGAGCGCUCAACUUUCAACCUACCUACAAAUAUGACAUUGGCACAGAUAACUGGGACACAAGUGAGAAGUGCCGAGUCCCUGCGUGGUGUGAUCGAAUCCUUUGGAAGGGCAAUCACGUCAAACAGUUGGAUUAUCGCAGUCACAUGGCUUUGAGAAUUAGCGACCAUAAACCUGUCAGCGCGCUGUUUCAAGUUGGGAUAAAGGUGAUCAAUCAAGAUUUGUACAAGAAGACCUAUGAAAAUAUUGUUCGUACAUUAGAUAGAAUGGAGAAUGAUUCUAUUCCUUCAGUGUCACUGUCCAAGAUCGAGUUUUAUUUUGAGAAUGUAAAGUUCAUGCAGCUCCAUGUUCAAACGCUUAUCAUUGCCAACACUGGGCUUGUGCCCUGUCAGUUUGAAUUCAUCACCAAACUGAAUGAGCCUUCUUACUGCAAGCCAUGGUUUAGUGCCACACCUAACAAGGGGAUUUUAAUUGAAGGAGAUAGGAUAGAAAUCGAGUUGGAAGUGUAUGUGAAUAAAACCACUGCUCUUUCAUUAAAUAUGGGAACGGACCAGAUUGAAGAUAUUUUAGUCUUGCAUCUAAUACGUGGAAAAGAUUAUUUUCUGGCGAUUUCGGGGAAUUACCUCCCAAGUUGCUUUGGAUCUUCACUGCACACGCUUUGCUGCCUGAGGGAACCAAUUCGCGACGUCCCACCCAAAAGGAUACAAGAGUUGGAACGAAAGGCCAAGGAAAACAAAUAUGGUGACUGCUUGUCAAAUGAAGUGCAACUUGACAUUCCAAAAGAAAUCUGGACAAUGGUCAACUACCUACAUCGCAAUGCUGCACUCCAGGGCGAUCUUUUCCAACAACCAGGACUGAAGUCGGAAUUUGAGGAGAUCAGAGACUGUUUGGAUACUGGAAUACCAGAUUUUAUCCCUGGCAGUAACCAUUCUAUAUGUGAAGCAUUGUUGCUCUUUCUGGAUGCUCUUCCUGAGCCGGUCAUCACGUAUAACCUAUACAUCAAAUGUCUCGAAAGUGCCAACAGCCUGACCCAGAUUGAACAGGUUGUUCUCAUGCUACCUCAAUGCCAUAGGAAUGUGUUCAAUUGUUUAAUGGCUUUCCUUCGAGAACUUCUGAAGCAUGCGAGUUCCAACAACCUUGAUGUCUGUACACUUGCGAGCAUCUUCGCAGCAUUAUUGCUGAGACCACCUCCCACUCUAGUGGGUCAAUAUGAGCCAGUCGUUAAUAAGAAGGCAGCACAGCUAUUCAUUUCACAAUUACUUACUCUGCAGGAUGGUUAACUAAAGUACUUUAACCCGCCAACAUAGUUUAUUUUAUAGAGUUCAAUAAAAUUGUACAAUUUCCAGACAAGAGUAUUUUUUUAUGAAGUUCAGGUAAUGUAGAGCAGUGCAAAUAUUUUGUUAUUUAGAACGUAAAUUCAGAUUUUUGUAUUGUACCUUACUGUUGGUGUUCAGAGCAGGAGAGAUUCUCCCCACCUCCAUUUUGUCAAAGUGCAGUGGAAUGUUAUUAAUGUCACAUCUUGUCAUGCAUUAAGUGCAGGGCACUGAUGGUUCUGUAUGCAAACAGUUGCUUCCUGUUGACAAGUGAAAUCAGAGAUUACUCCAUGCUCACUUUAACCGGGCAAAAAAUGUUUUCGAUUUUUCAUCAAAGUGGCUUUUGAAACUGUAUUUUGCACAAUAGCUCUGAGUUUAAGCACAGACUGGAUAGACCAAAUAAAUGGAAGUGGCCUGCAUCAUAAAUUUUCACACAUUUUGUGAAAUGGAAAGAUUGUAAAGGGCCACAAUAAAUGUUAACUUGUCAAAAAUUUGCCUGCAAUUAAUCUAAUCCCAAAACAUUAGAAAAAACAGAAGCAAAUUGGAAUCAAACAAUUACACCUGGAAUUAACAUAUUACAGGAGUGUGGAGACAGGCAAAUCAAGUUAAUUCAGCAAUUAUAGUUGCUAUCUUUUGGAGUUAAUAUAAUGAUAGUGAAGUAUACCUGUCAUUAUAUUACUUUAUCAUGGUAGCAAAAACUGAUUUGUGUACAAAUCAUUUCCUCUUUUAAGCCAAGCGAAUAAAAAAUAAUCAUCACAAGAAUUAUGGAUAGGUGUGAUCACCAGAUAUUAUUUGAAAUGUUUUGAACCAAUAAUAACAAUUAUGAACUUGAUAAAAUCUUUACUUAUCGUAGUUUGAUCAGAUAAUGUUCACUGUGAAACAUUUUGCUAGAGCAGGAUUUUGGCAUACAUUUUUAAACCUUUAGACCUUUCAUUUUGGAUAAACUAGCAAUGAAUUAAUACAAAAUUAUGUUGAACAUUUAAAAAAUAUUUUAAUUGCUGUUUCAGGUAAAAUACGUUUCAAUACCCAAUAUUAAAUCUUCUCGGAUGACUGUUUUGUCUUUGACUAAGAUUAUUUUGGCUUUCAGUAUUGUACUUUGACAAAUUGUAAUUAGAAUGAGUUGCAAUGAUUUCUUUUUCCCCCGUUGAGAUUAGACUUGAAUCACAUGUUUUAUAAUCUCAGUUCACCGUAAUGGAACUUGUGAAGUCUCUUUUACCCUAUUGUAUAUUAUUUCUCGCACCAGUUACAGAAAUGGCUUCAGUCCACAUGACAAACUGAGCUUGCUGUUUUUAUUUACUGAUACAUUCCAUUUGUUUUACACAGUGUACAAAGCUUUAGAUUAGUGAUCAUCUUGUAAUGAGUAGAUAUUGAUGUUAGAUUAAACUCAAGAAAUCCUCAAAGACUGCGCUCGCCUUUCCUCUUCUGCCUAUGUUUGCAAUGAAGGUAUCACAGUAAGUCACGAGUACCUACGACCUACCUACGACCUCAUGACGACCAUGCUGCGAGUACGAGUCAAGGGCAAACUUGGCAGAGGUCGUGAAUUAGGUCGUGAAAGUGGGACAAGCCCUUUAUUAAAAUCUCCAUCUUUAACAAAGCAUUUGGGCACCUCUUCUACCACCUUCUGUAUCAAUUCAGUGUCCAAUUAUUUCUGAUUGUACUGAAAUAAAAUGUCCUAAAACAUUUUUCUAUGAUUAAAAUCCAACAUAAAUUAAACAGUAGACAUGUUUUGGUGAUCUCGAUUUGGCAUCCUUUGCAUUGGCAAGGACUAGGAACUAUUUCACCGAGCACUUGAAAUCGGUCCGCCAAGGCCUACUGAAUCACCCCAUUUCUAACCAUUUUAACUCCCCUUCCCAUAUUGGAGUUGCUGUCCUGGACCUCCUCCUUUUCCAGAGUGAAGCCACUAGCAAACAGGAGGAACAGCACCUCAUAUUCCACUUGGGUAGCUUACAACCCAAUGGUAUGAACAUUGAAUUCUUCAAUAUUAGGUAAUUAACCAAAUCUUCCCCCUCUUUUUUCUUUCCCCAUUGCUUCUGCCCCCCCCUUCACACUGCCAUUCCCUUCCACCCAUAUUGCUUCCUCUGGUCUCACUUUCCACACCACGUCUUUUCUCAGUCUUUUAUCUCCUUUUCAUUUCAGGCCUUUAUCCACCUUUUCCCAAUCAACCCCUCUCACCUUCAUGCACCUUUCUCUUGCCUGAAUUUGUCCUGCCCCCACCUCUCUUCACACACCCCCCCACCUAGAAUCAGUCUGAAGAAAGGUCCCAACGUUACCCAUCCAUGUUCUCACACUGUCUGACCUGCUGAGUUUGUGUUUUAAAAACAAUUAAAAGGUUGUUUAAUCACUGUUUAACCAAAUGUUAUUGCAGAAUUAAUCUUUAGCUUCACAUCUAAUAGAUAAUUCCAUUAGGACACAGACUAUUUAUCUUUUAUAAUUGUAACCCACUGGCAGCUCCCUGCUUAUUGAAAUGUUUGAUGAUUUUUUAAGUUACAUUUCAUGUUUGUGAUGCCACUAAUCUUUCUUUGUCCUACUGACCAUCUUUGACAGUUUUAACAGUUUUAUGCAUUACUCACAGGGCUAUCUCCCGACCCUGCCUCCAAUUUGCCAGCAUUCCACCUCACUUUCUCUCAGCACUAACCAUAGUCUCACUUCCUCUAAUCUUAACAUUAUGCCUUUACAAGUGCUUCUUUUAUUUUUCUGUUGUUAAAGUCAGUUCCCAAUAAUUUUAUGGGCUUUUUCUUUCUUUGAAAUUAAGAAGUUAAACCUAAUCAAUCCCAGUAUUCAUUUGUACCUUUCAUUAAUCCUUUCAAUAUCACAAUAAAUGCAUUGUAAUUGUGGCACGCUGGAAUUUGACCUACAUCUGUUAACCAUAGCUGUCAUUGUCUUAGAAAUUGUAAUGAAACAUUCUGUUGCUAAUAAUAUCAUGCAUACAUGGCCCAUUGCUGCAUUCUUCAAAUCAUUCACUAAACAAUAUUUGACACAAGAACAACAAGGAGGAGAUAUUUGAUCAAAGAGGCUGUAGAGCAUUUUGAAGAUAGAGGGAUUGAGAGUUUUAGGAAAGCAGUUAUUUAGACCCUUCAAAGCAGAGCUUUAGACCCAUUGCACCCAAAGGAUUGCCAGGUAUUGGUUGAGUAAUUAAAAUCAAGUGACAAGAAUUGGAGGAGCACAGAUACUUGGGACGUUUGUGGGACUUUGGGAGAUUACAGAUAGGGACAUGUGAUUUGAAGAGUGAGAAUUUUCAACUUAAUGUAAUGUGACCUGUCCAGAUCAAUAAUUGUUAAUAUUGAAUUAAUGUAAUGUCUCCAUGUUAAUAAAGCAAUGUUUCAUUGUCAGACCUGUUAUCAACAUCUUGAAUUAACCAGAAAAAUAUGUAUAUAUGGUGGCUUUCAAAUGAGCUACAGAGAGUAUUGAUAUAUUACUGCAUAAUAACAUAAAUAUUUAUCUUGAGGUGCAGAAAGUGAAGUAAAACAUUGUGGAAAUAAUGGGAAGAAAAAUAAACCUUGCAUAAAAUGAGGUUUACAUGAAAACAUUCUUGGCCUAUCUGGCAAGUUUCUGUGUCUCUACACCCCAUCAAUGUAAUGCGUAAAUUCAUUCACAUAACAACUGGCAUGAUUGAUCCCAAUCUUUGGCAUACAAUCUUGGACCAGAUAGAGUAUGUUAAUAUGUAUCGCAAGAAGGGUCUCGACCCAAAACAUCACCCAUUCCUUCUCUCCAGAGAUGCUGCCUGUCCCGCUGAGUAUCGCCAGCAUUUUGUGUCUUAUCUUUGGUGUAGGCAGAAUCUGCAGUACCUUCCUACACAAUAUGUAUCUCAGCCUUGUCAAUGCAGGACAUAGCUUUUUUAAAGUGACACGUAUGAAAAAUAAACCUGCAGUUUAGAGAUGUUGAAUGAGGAUUUACAGGGCAUUCCAACACUGCUUCCAGUAAUGGCAGAGUAUCUGGGUCAUGAGAUCUCAUUGAUGGUGUACAGUAGCACAGUAUUUAAUCUUCAAAGGAAACCUCUGCAUUUUGUAGGAGAAAUCAUGUCACCCACUCUCCAAGUUUGAAGGAGUGAAGCUGGUGAUUAAAGCAUGCCAUUAAAGACAGCAUAAACUAAAUUCUUGAAAGACACUUCAGCAACAAAAUUGUUAGAGAGGAACAGUAUUUUUCCUACUAUUGCUUAGAGAUUUUUGUUUAGCCAACUGCUGAAAAUCAGGAUGGUUUAUAGCAAAUGGGUGAUUGUACAUGAGAUAGUGCUCUAUAACAUUGGACAAUGAACCAAAACAGUGUUUCAUACUCCAUGAUAUGAUGUAAACUGUUGCAUUCAUAUGUACGGAAUUUAAUUUAAAAAUAUUUAUACAUUGGUGGAGAUCUUUGUUAAUGUUCAAAUCGUACAAAUUGUCAGUGCACAAUUCAAAUAAACAUGAUUUAAUAUA